AAAACCAUAAAUAACUACCGUACGUUUCACUCGGUCGUUCCUUGUCUGGUUCUUCCAUUUCCAUUUCCAUUUCCAAGUCUCCGCACCAACCCCCUAACCCCAACUUUCUGCCUAAUAAAUAUUUUUCACGUGUUUUUUUUCUCAGGAAAAGAAAGCGAAUUCAUAUCCAUACGCAAACCAAAUUUCCUCAGCAAAAUCAUGCCUUUUUCGGGGGAGAAAAUCCAGCACCCAAUAACAAAAUCAUCUUUUUCCUUACAAGACAGCCGAGAAAUUCGUGUUUGAAAAUUAUGGGUUUCCAUUAUUGGCUGUGAAUUCCUCUCUUUCUUGAUAGGGGUUUCUCUUGGCCUGUGUGCCGUGUGGCCUUGAACCCUGGGCAGCUUUGAAUUUUCUUGCUUCUUACGGUCUUGAGAUCAUUACCGUCCUUCAAAUUGCACAGCAACUUCUUCAGAUUUUUCCGGGUUCUGGAUCUUUGUGUACUCUGAUCAAAGAAGAAGAAAAAGAAGGCCUUUGUGUACUCACGUCUUUGAAACAUUUUCUGGGUUUGGUUUAUCCGCUUAACUGGAUCAUCAGUAUAUAUUAAGCACAGAUUUGUUAUAGGGCUUGCAUUUGCUCAAAAAAUGGCCAAAUUUUCUGUGUGAAUUUCAGAGUCUUUUUGUGUGGUGUUAAAGACUGAUCUGAAGAUGACAAUCGAGUCGUUACCAGGGAGUUCAGGGUACUUAGAUGCGGAGAGAAGGAAAAUCACGUAUUUCAGCAACGGAUAUGUGCUGGGUUUGACUGCGGUUGCUGGCAUUGGUGGACUUCUUUUUGGUUAUGACACAGGAGUAAUAUCCGGAGCCCUUCUUUAUAUCAGAGAUGACUUUGAGGCAGUUAAUGAAAGUAGUUUCUUACAGGAGACUAUUGUUAGCAUGGCUUUGGUUGGGGCAAUUUUUGGAGCUGCAGCAGGUGGGUGGAUAAAUGACGCUUAUGGACGCAAGAAAGCGACUCUUCUUGCGGAUGUUGUCUUUGCAAUUGGCUCUGUUGUCAUGGCCGCUGCACCGGAUCCAUAUGUCCUUAUAUUCGGACGGCUGUUGGUUGGAUUGGGUGUGGGUGUGGCUUCUGUUACUGCUCCUGUGUAUAUUGCAGAGGCAUCACCAUCUGAAAUAAGAGGAGGUCUUGUCAGCACUAAUGUGCUUAUGAUUACUGGUGGACAAUUUCUUUCAUACCUCAUCAACCUUGCUUUCACUGAGGUUCCAGGGACAUGGCGAUGGAUGCUUGGAGUUUCUGCUGUGCCCGCUGUGGUUCAGUUUUCCCUUAUGCUAUUUUUGCCAGAAUCCCCACGUUGGCUUUACAUGAAGAAAGAUAAAUCAGAAGCCAUUGUCGUUCUUUCUAAAAUUUACGAUCCUUAUCGGUUGGUGGAGGAGAUAGAUCAACUUUCUGCUGCAUUAGAGGAAGAACACCAGAGAAAGACUUCUGUCAGUUACUGGGAUGUCUUUAAAAAGAAAGAAAUCAGACUUGCUUUCCUGGCUGGAGCUGGACUUCAGGCGUUUCAGCAGUUCACAGGCAUUAACACAGUCAUGUACUACAGCCCAACAAUCGUUCAAAUGGCAGGGUUCAGUUCAAACCAGCUAGCACUUCUCUUAUCACUCAUUAUCGCUGCACUGAAUGCUGCCGGAACCAUCGUUGGAAUUUACCUCAUCGACCACUUUGGACGUCGAAAAUUAGCGCUCAGUAGCUUAUUCGGUGUUAUCAUCUCCCUUAUCCUCCUAUCUGUAGCAUUCUUCCUAGAAUCUUCGAUUACUUCUUCAAAUGGGCUCUAUGGGUGGUUGGCGAUUUUAGGGUUAGCCCUUUACAUUGCUUUCUUUGCACCAGGAAUGGGAGCAGUUCCUUGGACCGUGAACUCGGAAAUAUACCCGGAGUCUUAUCGUGGGAUUUGUGGCGGAAUGUCUGCAACCGUGAACUGGGUUUCGAAUCUCAUUGUGGCCCAGAGUUUUCUCUCGAUUGCCGAAGCUGCGGGGACCGGUGCUACUUUCUUGAUACUGGCGUGUGUGGCAGUUCUUGCAUUUGUCUUCGUGGCGGUGUAUGUGCCGGAGACAAAAGGCUUGACCUUUGAGGAAGUGGAGAGGAUAUGGAAGGUGAGGGCUUGGGGAAUUGGGUAUGCUAGUGAAGGCCUGCUUGAUGGGAGGGAGUCCUGAAGAUUAAUUACUAAGACUUUCUUUCUUAGGUACAUCUAAGUGUUUUUUUUUAAAAUUUUUUAAUGCAGUUUAAUAAUUAAAUAAAGUGUUUGUGCUUUUAAUUUUGGGAAUCUAGGUAUUUACUAUUUAGAGUCAUUACUUCCUUAUGUUGGUUCGUUUCCGGUAUGUUUUUUCGAUCGGAAACGAAACAGAAUCGUUGCCGGCGUUGAAUAUAUUUCAAUGCAGUUGUACCAGUUAUUAUAUAUAAUCAGUUGAUGGAAGAAUAUGCGCUUAUGCGAUCGGAAAUUUGGUCACUGUAACUUUGUUA